AUGCAGCCUGUUACAGUUAGCUCAUCACUCCUGUCCUCUUCUCUUGCAGGCUACGUCCAGGAGGAACAGCUGAAGGAAGAGGAGGACCUAAAAGAGGAAGAAGAGGAGGAGGAGGACAGUGGUUCAGUGGCUCAACUUCAGGGCAGCAAUGACACAGGGACAGAUGAGGAGCUAGAAACUGUCCCAGAGCAGAAAGGCUACUUCAGCUGCCAAAACUCUCCGGGAAGUCACUUGUCCAAUCAGGACGCUGAGAACGAUUCUCUGCUGAGUGAUGCCAGCGACCAGGUGUCAGACAUCAAGAGUGUCUGUGGCCGAGAUGCCUCAGACAAGAAAGCAAACGCUCACCCCAAGCCUCCAAAUGAAACACAUAAUUGCAUGGAUAAAAUGACCGCCGUCUAUGCCAACAUCUUGUCUGAUUCCUACUGGUCAGGCCUGGGCCUCGGUUUCAAGCUAUCCAACAGCGAGAGGCGGAAUUGUGACACGCGGAAUGGCAACAACAAGAGUGAUUUUGAUUGGCACCAGGAUGCCCUGUCCAAAAGCCUGCAGCAGAACCUGCCUUCCCGAUCCGUCUCCAAACCCAGCCUGUUCAGCUCAGUGCAGCUGUACCGGCAGAGUAGUAAGAUGUGUGGGACCGUGUUCACAGGGGCCAGCAGGUUCCGCUGCCGACAGUGCAGUGCUGCCUACGACACCCUGGUGGAGCUGACCGUGCACAUGAACGAAACAGGCCACUAUCAAGAUGACAACCGCAAAAAGGACAAACUCAGACCCACGAGCUACUCAAAGCCCCGGAAAAGGGCCUUCCAGGACAUGGACAAGGAAGAUGCCCAAAAGGUUCUGAAAUGUAUGUUUUGCGGGGACUCCUUCGAUUCCCUCCAAGACCUGAGCGUCCACAUGAUAAAAACAAAACACUACCAAAAAGUGCCUUUGAAGGAGCCAGUACCAACCAUUUCAUCAAAAAUGGUCACUCCGGCCAAGAAGCGUGUUUUUGAUGUCAAUCGGCCUUGUUCCCCAGAUUCAACCACAGGAUCAUUUGCAGAUUCAUUUUCUUCCCAGAAGAAUGCCAACCUGCAGUUGACUUCCAACAACCGCUAUGGCUACCAAAAUGGAGCCAGCUACACCUGGCAAUUCGAGGCCUGCAAGUCCCAGAUCUUAAAGUGCAUGGAGUGUGGGAGUUCCCAUGACACCCUGCAACAGCUCACCACCCACAUGAUGGUCACAGGUCACUUUCUCAAGGUCACCAGCUCAGCCUCCAAGAAAGGGAAGCAGCUGGUGUUAGACCCACUGGCAGUGGAGAAAAUGCAGUCAUUGUCAGAGACCCCAAACAGUGACUCUCUGGCCCCCAAGCCAUCCAGUAACUUGGCAGCUGACUGUGCCACCUCUCCAACCGACUUAAAGAAAGAAAGCAAAAAAGAGAAGCCAGAGGAAACCAACAAGGAUGUGAAAAGCGAGGAGUAUGAAGACCCUCUACAAAAACCUUUAGACCCUACCAUAAAAUACCAGUAUCUAAGGGAAGAGGAUUUGGAAGAUGGCUCAAAGGGUGGAGGGGACAUUUUGAAGUCACUGGAAAAUACUGUAACCACAGCCAUCAACAAAGCCCAAAAUGGCGCACCCAGCUGGAGCGCGUACCCGAGCAUCCAUGCAGCCUACCAACUGUCAGAGGGUGCCAAGCCCCCCUUGCCCAUGGGAUCCCAGGUGCUGCAGAUCCGACCCAACCUGGCCAACAAGUUAAGGCCGAUUGCACCAAAGUGGAAAGUCAUGCCACUGGUCUCUGUGCCCAGCACCCUGGCCCCGUACACUCAAGUUAAGAAGGAGUUGGAGGACAAAGAUGAAGUUGGGAAGGAGUGUGGAAAGGACAGUCCCCAUGAGGAGGCAUCAUCUUUCAGUCACAUGGAGGGAGAUUCUUUCUCCAAAAGCGAACCACUUUCAGAAUCCAGAAAGGCAGAGCCAUGUAACCUGAAGGAGGAGGAUAAGCUGAUAAAAGACAGCAGCGACAAAGAGAAGCCCCAGGCCUUAGAGCCAAUGUCCCCUCUGAGCAAUGGAUGUGCCCUCACCAACCCUGCCCCAGCCCCGCCGUGCAUCAACCCGCUCAGCGCCCUGCAGUCCGUGUUGAAUAACCACCUGGGCAAAGCCACCGAGCCCUUGCGCUCUCCUUCCUGCUCCAGUCCGAGCUCAAGCACAAUCUCUAUGUUCCACAAAUCAAAUCUCAGUGUCAUGGACAAGCCAGUCUUGAGUCCUGCCUCCAGCAGGCCAGCCAGCAUGUCUAGGCGCUACCUGUUUGAAAGCAAUGACCAACCCAUCGAUCUGACCAAGUCCAAAAGUAAGAAAGCUGAGUCCUCGCAAGCACAAUCCUGUACGUCCCCGCCUCAGAAGCAUGCUCUGUGUGACAUCGCUGACAUGGUCAAGGUGCUCCCCAAAGCCACCACUCCGAAGCCUGCUGCUUCCUCGAGGGUCCCUCCUGUGAAGCUGGAAAUGGAUGUCAGGCGUUUCGAGGAUGUCUCCAGUGAAGUCUCCACUUUGCAUAAAAGAAAAGGCCGGCAGUCCAACUGGAACCCUCAGCACCUUCUGAUUUUGCAAGCUCAGUUUGCCUCGAGCCUCUUCCAGACAUCAGAAGGCAAAUACCUGCUGUCCGACCUGGGCCCGCAAGAGCGGAUGCAAAUCUCAAAGUUUACAGGACUCUCCAUGACCACCAUCAGCCACUGGCUGGCCAACGUCAAAUACCAGCUUAGGAAAACGGGCGGGACCAAAUUUCUAAAAAACAUGGACAAAGGACACCCCAUCUUUUAUUGCAGUGACUGUGCCUCUCAGUUCAGAACCCCUUCCACCUACAUCAGUCACUUAGAGUCUCACCUGGGUUUCCAAAUGAAGGACAUGACCCGAAUGGCAGCGGACCAGCAAAGCAAGGUGGAGCAAGAGAUCUCCCGGGUGUCAUCGGCUCAGAGGUCUCCGGAAACAAUAGCUGGUGAAGAGGACACAGACUCUAAAUUCAAGUGUAAGUUGUGCUGUCGGACAUUUGUGAGCAAACAUGCAGUAAAACUCCACCUAAGCAAAACGCACAGCAAGUCACCCGAACACCAUUCACAGUUUGUAACAGACGUGGAUGAAGAAUAGCUCUGCAGGUAUGGGUUUGCUCCCAGGCGAUGGUGACAGUGGCCUUGUGAGGAGCUUGUUAAAGGGAGCUGAGUCUGCUUAGAGGCAGCUGAUGUCUCCCAAGGCCAAGCAGGACAGUAGCUUGCUGCAGUAGACUUAUUUUUAUGAAAGACAGAACAUGCUAAGCCAGUCCUAACCAGUCUCCCACUCCCAGUUUACAGUGGGGGGCUAGAGUUACAUGUACUUAGAGAGGUGAAGUUCACAGUGACUGUUGCUUCCAGGUCUUCAUGAUUCCUGAGCCCCUUAGAGACCCAAGGCCCAACCUGCAGGGUCCAGCCCAGGCUCCCCCUCAUUUAAAUUACGAAUGCUAACUUCUCUCCCCAUUCCAUCCACCGUGUCAUACUAAUGACUUGUGAAAUGGAAAGGUGAGCAUCAGAAUGAUGAUCGGGGAGUCGCUAGGGGCGGUCACUACAGAGAUUUCGUAAUCAGCUCACGAAUAGCUUCAAGUUGUCUUUAUUAUUGUCACUUGUAAUUAAUGCUUUUGCAGCUUACUUUCAGCAACUGCUACCUUCCACCUCCUUGCCUGUGUUUAUUUCCUACAUUAAUUUUCCUAUGGAAGACCAGGUGCCCUUAAGGGGAUGGUAGGAAAAUAUUCUUUCUGCAGAACAUUGAGGUGAAAACAGCAGAAGCUUGUUUUCUUCUCUUGUCUUUUGGGUUUUUUGUUUGUUCAUUUUGUUUGUUUGUUUUUAGGAGACUCUGAUAUCAGGGUCCACCUUUCACAAAGAUAAACGCAAUGCAUGCCCCUGAGAUUUUAUUUUAUAUAUAGAAAUAAAAGGCUUUCGGCACACCUACGGUCAAUGUGCAUGGGGGUCCCACCGCUUCAAGAUAAUGUGUGUCAUAUAGCAUAAAGGUUCAGAUCUGUAUAGUCACCAAUGCCCAGACUUCCUAUGUCACUCCAGGAGAGAUGACAGAGACCAAGGUCAAUUGCCUGGGCAGAUGAGUAACCCCAGCCAUUUUUAAAUGAAUGUAAGCAAGGCUGGGUCUUAACAAAUCUCUCCCACCUCCCUUUUUGCAUUUUCCCUGCCUCCUUUUGUCUCCCUUCCAGCACGACACCCCCAUGUCAAGAGCCCUAACACAUGUCCAGGUUAUCCUCCUCCUGGGGCCAAACAUGAGAACCCAAAUGGGAACCCAACAUGAACCAAAGCUUCUGCACUUACCAGUCCAGUUUAUGCCAGGAGAGGCUACAGAUUGCUCUUACUUAAUUAAUUCACAAUAGGGAUGGAAAACUACUAGUAGUUGAACACGUAAGCCCCUCCCACCCCCUAUUGUCAGGGCAUUUACUUUCAAACAGGAGAGUUUCGAAUCAAGUCACACAGGUUUGGACACUAGGUGAGUUCCAGGUAGAGCAAGAUAUUUGUAUGGCAUUUGUAUGACCUCAUGUAGCUAGAGUGAUUUUCAGAGUGUGAGAAUAGCCAAAGUGAAAUAAAAAGUUAAAAUCUAUGACUCCCUCAGUGUGAAGAUCUAAGCUUCUGAUUUGGGUGGGCCCAAACGAAGACCUUCUUUCUUGUUUGCAUGUUUUUAUCAUGAGAAUUAAAUGUCACUGGCAGAUUCAUCUUCUGGUUUCCAGCAUGAUUUGUUUCCUCUAUUGAAUGAAAAGCCGAUAUACACCUGUUGAAUUCACACAUGAGCUUGGGGUUCUGCAGCACCCUAUUUAUUUGGUAUAUAACAUUUAAAUUUUAUGUAACUUGCUAUUAUGCUUUUCUGGUCCUUUAAAAAAAAAAGGUGGACAUACACAAAAUACCUAGAGAGAAGAAAGAUGUUUUAAAUCCAAUAGCAGUGGGUCCAAACCAUGGUGAAGAGGACGAAUAGGUGAUGUUUAU